UCACGCGAGGUUUCUAUUGAUUUGACUGAAUGCCACGUCUGAGAACGAAUAGACACUUUUGAGACUCUGUUGGGAAUAAUUUGUCUGAUAAACUAUUUUCACCUGACCCGCAACAUUGCAGACUGUCUAUCCGUGCAUAAUUACAGCAGACAGGUGAGAUGAUGGCCCAUGGACGUCUGCUAGCGUUAACACUGUUCACGGGAGCAGUGCUGUUGCUAGCCGCCCAGCUAACUGUUGCUCACAGUCACUCUCAUGACCACGGGCAUGCACACUCGCACGGGGGCGGCGGUUGCCAUGGUCAUUCCCAUGGCGGUCAGAAACUGCACCAGGGGGCGAGCAAGUGGAGUGCUGAGGCCAACCUGCCCCCAGCAGAGGAGUCGCACCACGGUCACGCACAUGACCAUGGUCAUGAACAUGAGCACGACCAUGGUCAUGCUCAUGAGCACAAGGAGGAGAGUGGACACGGGCACACCCACGGAGGGGAGCGGGUGAAGAGGGAGGCAGAGGGAGAGAAGAGGGACACAGUGGAGCUCUGGAUGCAGGCCAUCGGUGCCACUCUGCUGAUCAGUGCUGCUCCCUUCCUCAUCCUCUUCCUGAUCCCGGUCCAGUCCAAUACAGACCAGCACCAGAACCUCCUGAAGGUGCUCCUGAGCUUCGCCUCUGGUGGCCUGCUGGGAGACGCCUUCCUGCACCUCAUCCCUCACGCCCUGGAGCCUCACUCUCACCAUGGAGACGAGGGACACGGCCACUCGCAUGACAGUGAAGAAUCACAGGAUCAUGGCCACUCACAUGGUGCUGCCCAUGGUCACAUGAUGUCAGUAGGGCUGUGGGUCCUCGUUGGAAUUGUGGCCUUCCUGGUGGUGGAGAAAUUUGUUCGCCUCCUGAAGGGAGGACAUGGACACGGACACUCCCACUCUCAGGCUGCUCCUAAGGCAAAGGAGAGUGAUGGAGAGAAAAAAAAGGAGGGUGAGAAAGAUGAAAAAGGAAGCAAAGAGAAGAAGACUCCAAAAGAAGUGGAGGAGAAAACUACAGAUAUCAAGGUAUCGGGCUACCUGAACCUGGCUGCUGACUUCACACACAAUUUCACUGACGGGCUGGCCAUCGGGGCAUCAUUCCUGGUGGGCCCAGCAGUAGGCACAGUCACCACUCUCACCAUCCUGCUGCACGAGGUGCCCCACGAGAUUGGCGAUUUUGCCAUUCUGGUCCAGUCUGGCUGCACCAAGAAGAAGGCCAUGUGUCUACAGCUGCUGACAGCCUUGGGGGCUCUUGCCGGCACAGCCUGCUCCCUAUUGGCUGAAGGGGUGGGCGCGGCCGCCACAGCCUGGAUCCUGCCAUUCACCGCGGGUGGCUUUGUGUACAUCGCCACGGUGACGGUCCUGCCUGAGCUGCUGGUUGGGCGCUCCAGUCUGGGCCAAUCAGUGAUGGAGAUUCUGGCGAUGCUGGUUGGAAUUUACAUGAUGGUGCUAAUCGCCGAGUACGAGUGAGACAGCGAGUCAUCAAUAAGAAAGGGAGGGAUUGGGAGAGGGAGGGAUUUAGAGAGGGAGAGGGGAGGAGCAGAGACUGAACGAGAGAGAUGGAUUUAUACGAUUGGAGGGAAAGAUACCGAUGGAGUUUAAAGGAGAGAGCGAGAGAGAGAGAGAAGAGAAGUGACAGACAGAGCUUUCACAGGACUGGACUAUAUGUUCCAAAGGGGACUUGAAUGGGGAGUAGCAUUUCAACACCUAACCAACUGGAGGAUGUCUAAAUCAGAUAGGUCAUCAAACUGAGACUUAGGCAAGCAAGGCAGAUGACUUGGGAGUUGUAGUUCAUCGUCCAUUAUAAUUGCAGAGUUUAUUCCCUUUUUGGUCACAAAAAGGCAAACCAAAACAAUGUACAUUUAAGUUGCCGUGAACUAUUGAAUCUGUCCAUUAGUUAAAACUAAAAUCAAGAAUUGCAAUCACACCAAUAUUUGUAAUGCUUACUUUUGCCUUUAAUUGUACUUGCAGAGAUCACAGAUUGAACACAAAAGAACUAGACAGUUAACUGGUUAGGACAUUUUCCUGGAUUUAAAUGAAGGGUAUAUUUGGAUCAGAGUAUAUUAGUCUACAACUAGAACAUUCCAAUAAAAUGAAAAGGGCAUAAUAUUGUAACCUAUAGUCCAUAAACCAGGUCCCCAAAUAGCAGCCAUCUUGGAUACUUGACAUUUAUGAGGCCAAGACUAUUCUGAAAUGUCAUCAUCUUCCGGAAUGGGACUUAUUGGGAAACAUGAAUAAGCUGCUUUAGAUGUCUACAGUACACAGCAGUUACUGACCUAGCCACUUGUUUUAAACUGUUUUCAUAACUGUUGGAGGCUUUCAAUUUGUAUGUAAAUCAUGAGUUGUACCAGUAUGUGACAAUACAUAUUAAUUGAAAUAUUAAUCAAAGGUAAGUGGUGUAAGCUGUGCUUAGAGGACCAUUGGAGUAUGAUUUGCUUUAAAGUAGUGAAUUAAUUGCUUUAAAUGUGCCCCCCCGCCCCCCCCACCCACAUGAAUUACCUUCAUAAUGUGGAAAUACAGUAAAUGAAUGUAUUUAGGGCGGGCUAGCCAUGUGGAAACUAAACCGAUUAUCCAGAGUGACAGGAAUCGGGGAAAUAGACACGGUCCAUCAAAACAAAAAUGUAUUCCACCCUAAUUCAUUGUAAUGUGUCAGUCAUGUUUGACCUACCUUUGAACAAGUGAAUGAUGAACCCUCUUCCACUUUUAUUUAGUCUUUAUAAGCCGCUGCGGCAGGUUUUGUUGAAUUGUAACAUUUAUUUUUAUUCACGCGUACUAUUCUUUUUUUAUUCACACACAUUCCUUUGCUUACAGUACUCAAACCGGCACCGAAUGUGUCUGCUCUCCCUCCUCUCUUGAAUAAUACAGUAGGCCUUAUGUGCCAUUAAGACAAUCAACGCUGUAACUGUUAUGUGGUUAGAAAGAGCUCCCUCACCCUACACCAUUCUGUAUGUACACGACUGCAUCUCUGGCCUGAUUCCAAACCGACCCCAUGCUGCUAUCUCCAUUACCUUGCUGACUUUUUUGUUGUGUAUUUGAAACUGUUUGUAUUGUCUAUAUUGUAUAGUAAGCUGCUUUACCUAGGCAUCUGAUAAGUAGGUUGUUUCCUUCCAAUGUAUUCCUUACAUCGACAGUCUUAUCAGAUACUUCUAGUUGUCAACAUUGGCCUAUAGUUGGGUGCACUGGCUUGAUUUGGAAUCAGACCUUUUAAUCAGAGGGACCAAGUAAAGGACUGAUGUUAAAGUGGUGGGUGGGAGAUUUAGUAAGAGAGGGGGUGAAGAGUGUGGUGGAAUUUUAGUUACUUUGUGUUUUCUUGACGUUUCAUUAAACAAUUCAGAUUCUC